AUGACCCUUGGGGGAAAUCCUGCUGCAAGUGUCUACUCCCCACCACAGACGAACAAAAAGCCUUGGCAUCCACGGGAGGAAGAAGUGUUCAGGCAGCAUGUGACUGGUUGGUUAUUCUCCCACGUCGGUGACCCCUUCCUGGAUGACCCCCUGCCCCGGGAGUACGUCCUCUACCUCCGUCCCACCGGCCCCUUAGCACAGAAGCUUUCCGACUUUUGGCAGCAGUCGAAGCAGAUCUGCGGGAAGAACAAGGCACACAACAUCUUCCCACACAUCACACUCUGCCAGUUCUUUAUGUGCGAGGACAGCAAGGUGGAUGCCCUGGGGGAAGCUCUGCAGACCACGGUCAGUCGCUGGAAAUGUAAGUUCUCGGCCCCGCUGCCCCUGGAGCUCUAUACGUCGUCCAACUUCAUCGGCCUCUUCGUAAAGGAAGACAGCGCGGAGGUCCUCAAGAAGUUUGCUGCUGACUUUGCUGCAGAGGCUGCAUCCAAAACCGAAGUGCAUGUGGAACCUCAUAAGAAGCAGCUACAUGUGACCCUGGCUUACCACUUCCAAGCCAGCCACCUACCCACCCUAGAGAAACUGGCCCAGAACAUUGAUGUCAAGCUAGGGUGUGACUGGGUGGCUACCAUAUUUUCUCGGGAUAUCCGAUUUGCUAACCAUGAGACAUUACAGGUCAUCUACCCCUAUACCCCACAAAAUGACGAUGAGCUGGAGCUAGUCCCCGGGGACUUCAUCUUCAUGUCUCCAAUGGAGCAGACCAGCACCAGCGAGGGUUGGAUCUAUGGUACAUCCUUAACCACCGGCUGCUCUGGACUCCUGCCUGAGAAUUACAUUACCAAGGCUGAUGAAUGCAGCACCUGGAUAUUUCAUGGUUCUUACUCAAUCUUAAAUACAUCAUCGUCCAACUCUCUCACAUUUGGGGAUGGAGUAUUGGAGAGGCGGCCGUAUGAGGACCAGGGGCUCGGGGAGACAACUCCUCUUACUAUCAUCUGCCAGCCCAUGCAGCCGCUGAGGGUCAACAGCCAGCCUGGCCCCCAGAAGCGAUGCCUUUUUGUGUGUCGGCAUGGUGAGAGGAUGGAUGUUGUGUUUGGGAAGUACUGGCUGUCCCAGUGCUUCGAUGCCAAAGGCCGCUACAUACGCACCAACCUGAACAUGCCUCAUAGUUUACCUCAGCGGAGUGGUGGUUUCCGAGAUUACGAGAAAGAUGCUCCCAUCACUGUGUUUGGAUGCAUGCAAGCGAGACUAGUGGGUGAAGCCUUAUUAGAGAGCAAUACCAUUAUCGAUCAUGUCUAUUGCUCCCCGUCCCUUCGCUGCGUUCAGACUGCACACAAUAUCUUGAAAGGUUUACAACAAGAAAAUCACUUGAAGAUCCGUGUAGAGCCCGGCUUAUUUGAGUGGACAAAAUGGGUUGCUGGGAGCACAUUACCUGCAUGGAUACCUCCAUCAGAGUUAGCUGCAGCCAACCUGAGUGUUGAUACAACCUACAG